AUGCAGCCAGCACAAAAUCCUGAGCCGUAUCUGCCUUUACUGCAGGAAUAUCAGGCCAAAAAUCUACCAAGGUCUAGAGAUUAUUUGGAAAGUGAAGAAGACAGUCUUGCUCCGGGGAAACCUACUGUACCGCAACUAACCAAACAAGACCCGAGAGUUCAUAGCUCGAGUCGCGAAGUUUUCAUGUCGUCAAAUAGUUUACUUAGGGAAAUACUGAAAAAGCCACCGAUAGCGCAGUCAUCGUUAACAAAGGUGCAGAGAAAUCUGCUUGAUUCAGCAGUCACAGCACGGAUGAAGCCCACAGUCGUUGAUUUAACUUCUGACACCGAAGAUAGCCAACGAGAACAACUGAAUUAUUGGCCAACGGUCAUCGAUGCCGCGCAGGAGCAGCAAUAUGUUGGACACAGUUGUACAGGGGUCAGCUAUCCGGAAAUGCAAGCCUAUUCUUAUUAUGACAAUCCCGAUAAAAUUGCGAAUCGAGAUGAAGAUGAUAGCGACAGUACCGGACAUCAAGUGAGUAAAAGAAAAAUACCCACAGAAAUAUAA